AUGCGUUCCUUCGCCAUCGUUGCCGCCGCGCUUGCAGGUCUCUCAAAUGUCAGUGUGACGAAAUCCCGGCGCCAGCUGCAUCCCGCGGAGCCCGCCGCCUCUGUUGUGGCUAAUACCGCUAUGAUGGCUUCCCUGAACCAGGGCACCGUGUCCACAGACACCGCAAGCCUGGAAAGCAACACCACCGAAUACUACCUCGGAUACCGCAUAGAGGACUUCCAGAAGCCGUAUGCCAAAUAUUGGGACCCCGUGAUCGCUCCUCUGUCAAACGCUCUUAAUGGCUACUUCAUCGGCGACAAUGGUACCCUGAUGAUUGCUGUACGCAGCGAAAUUCCUCAAGUCACCGUUGAACGCUACGACUGGUGGUUCGGCUGGCACUCAGUUGAGACCGCCCGCUACAAGCUGUGGAAUCCCGUUGCUCACCAGUACUCCUACUGCGCCCCCUACUCCGAGAACUGGGCGAACGAGACCUAUGCUGAGAGUUACAUCGGGGCUACUUCGUACAUCGUUGAGUAUGUUGGCCAGGACGCUGCUAAGCUUAGUAUCGAGUGUGUUGAGUCUGAGUCGCUGGGUUUCAAUACCACCGCUUGGCCGGAGCUGGGAAUUGAGACAAUUGCUCUGGCAAGGUCAUGA